AUGGCCACAUGUGGAGCAGAGAGUGAAGUUCUGGAUGAAAAAGAUGGUCCCGGUGCAGCACCAUACGGCAAUUUUAUAAACUAUUACACAUUUAACCCACCAGAGAACCGUUUAAGCCUCAUUCCGACCACACUUAUUCAAGAUUUGGGGUAUGGCAAGGACAGCAGUGAAACCAUAUUGAUGCUGGAUGUCGGUUGCAAUUCAGGGGACCUGACAGUGGCAUUGUACAGACACCUUCAACAGAGAGUCUUGUCUGAAGACUCUACAACACCACCCGACACUGAUCUCCAACUCCUCGGCUUCGACCUGGACGAAACCCUGAUCCUCCGGGCCCAACAGACCAACCCUUUCCCCCAGAGCAUCUCUUUCAUUCGCUUAGACAUCACUGAGGAUGCUGCUAGCCAGACCCAGCUACAGGACUACCUGAGACAACAUGGCGGCUUCCGCUUCCACCUCUCCUUGUGCCUGGCUGUUACCAUGUGGGUCCACCUGAACCACGGAGACGCUGCCCUACUGGGGCUCCUCUCCCGGCUGGCCUCCGUCAGCCAACAUCUCCUCCUGGAGGCCCAGCCCUGGAAGUGCUACCGUUCGGCUGCCCGGAGGCUGAGGAAGCUCGGGCGGUCUGACUUUGACCACUUCAAGGAGUUAAAGAUCAGAGGAGAUGUGGCAGAACAAGCCAGGGAACACUUAGAGAAACACUGUGGGAUGGCACUGAUGCAGUGUUUCGGUAGUACCAGCUGGGAUCGUAGACUGCUCCUCUUUAGGAGAAGAGAGACGGUUGACCUACAUUUAUCCCAGUAGAUAAAAUGACUGGACUUGUAGUAUAUGUUAUGAUGAUUGUCUUGAAGGAGUAAACUGAAAACAUUUGAAAAUUGUCUUCCUUGACAAUGAAGUGACAAGGUCCUAAGGAAAUAUGUAUGUGUGCAGAGAAGGAACUCCAUGUUCCUUAGCCUCCUUCACAGCCAGCUCAAGUUCUUUAAGUGCAGUGAAGGACCAGUAUGUUGAUUGAACACUAGGAGGCAAUAAUACUCUGUUACUACUUGUAUUACCACCAUACCUAGUCUAUGCUUUCAGCUAUGCAUUUAACUGAUCUUACUCGAUUUUCUUCUUAAUAGCGUAUAUGUUCUGGCAAACAAUUAUGAAUGAACUGUGUGUUUAUGAGAAAUGAAUUUAAUAUUUUAUUUUUGGGGAUGUUUAAAAAUAAGAAUGAAUAAAGCCCAUGAAUUUACUACUCCAAAGUAUCAUAUCUCUUCAAAUAACACGCCCCCCCUUUCUUCAAGGACCUCUCUCUCAAAGUUCAUAUUAAAUGAAUAGACAAGAA